AUGCCAGGCGAGGUUAUCGACCGACCUAAUCCGCAAUCUCUGCCGUCACAUUUGCCUGAUGAGCUAAAGAGGCUAGCAAUUGAGCUUCCUAAUAGGUCUCUGGAUCAAAAAGCCUGUAAUGCCUUAUUCAAAUUCCGAAGCGCGGCAAGUUAUAUCGCUGCUGCAAUGAUUUUCUUGCAGGAUAACACGCUGCUUACGAGAGAGCUUACGGCCGAUGAUAUUAAGCCGAGAUUGCUUGGUCACUGGGGAACGUGCCCAGGUCUCAUUUUGGUUUAUUCCCACCUCAACUACCUCAUCAGGACAAUGGAUCUGGACAUGUUAUAUGUCGUGGGACCAGGACAUGGAGCACCAGCCAUUCUAGCUGCCUUGUGGCUGGAGGGAUCACUGGAGAAAUUCUACCCCCAAUAUCCUCGUGAUGGCAAGGGUCUGCAUCGGCUCAUUUCCACAUUUACGCCACUGACGAUCUCUCUCAGCCAUAUCAAUGCCGAGACUCCAGGUGCAAUCCAUGAGGGCGGAGAGCUGGGCUAUGCUUUGGCCGUGUCUUUCGGCGCUGCCAUGGACAAUCCUGACUUGAUUGUUCCUUGUAUCAUUGGUGAUGGAGAGGCCGAAUCCGGACCAACUGCCACCUCAUGGCAUGCAACCAAGUUCCUAGACCCAAAAGAGUCCGGCGCUGUCCUUCCAAUUCUGCAUCUUAACGGUUUCAAAAUUAGCGAACGCACUAUAUUUGGGUGCAUGGACCACAAAGAGCUUGUAGCCCUAUUCACCGGAUAUGGAUAUCAAGUUCGGUUUGUGGAAAAUCUCAAUGAUAUCGAUACUGAUCUUCAUAUCUCCAUGACUUGGGCAGUGAAUGAAAUCCACAAUAUCCAGAAGGCGGCUCGAUCGGGAGAGCCAAUAAUAAAGCCUCGAUGGCCAAUGCUAAUACUGAUAACUCCAAAGGGCUGGUCAGGGCCAAAGCAGCUCAAUGGAGAAUUCAUCGAAGGCUCCUUCCAUUCCCACCAAGUUCCGUUACCCAAAGCCAAAUCCGACAAGAAGCAAUUGAGCUUGUUGCAAAAAUGGCUCUCGGAUUACAAACCCAAUGAGCUUUUUACGGAGAACGGCGAAAUCAUCGAUGAGAUCAAAUCUGUGAUCCCAGUAAAGAAUGAGAAGAAGCUGGGUCAACGUGUUGAAGCGUACGACAAAUACAUCCCGCCGAAGCUGCCAGAUUGGAAAAAGUUUUGUGCGAAGAAAGGUGCCGGGGAAAGUGCAAUGCAGACGAUUGGAAGAUUCAUUAAUGAAGUCUUCAAAGAGAAUCCGCACAGCGUUCGACUGUUCUCUCCAGAUGAGCUAGAGAGUAACAAGCUCGACGCUGUGUUUCAAGACACAAACCGUAACCUCCAGUGGGACGAAUUUGCCAAUGCACGCGGCGGUCGAGUCAUUGAAGUUCUCAGUGAGCAUAUGUGCCAGGGCUUCUUGCAAGGGUAUACCUUGACCGGCCGCGUGGGCAUUUUUCCGUCCUAUGAGAGCUUCCUUAACAUUAUUCAUACAAUGAUGGUGCAGUAUGCUAAGUUCAUCAAGUUGGCCCGUGAGACCAAAUGGCACUGCCCUGUGAGCAGCAUCAACUACAUUGAGACCAGCACCUGGGCCCGUCAGGAGCACAAUGGCUUCUCUCAUCAGAAUCCAUCGUUCAUUGGGUCUGUGCUAAAGCUCAAACCCAAUGCCGCCCGGGUGUACCUACCACCAGAUGCAAACACAUUUCUGACGACCCUGCACCAUUGUUUAAAGUCGAGGAACUAUAUCAAUCUGAUGGUGGGCUCCAAGCAACCAACCCCAGUGUACCUGACACCAGAGGAAGCCGAGAACCAUUGUCGCUCUGGCGCCUCAAUCUGGAAGUUCUGUAGCACCAAUGAUGGACUGGAUCCAGAUGUUGUGCUUGUGGGUAUUGGCGUCGAGGUAAUGUUUGAAGUGAUCAAAGCCGCAGCGAUUCUGCGACGGCGAGCGCCAGACAUGCGUAUUCGGGUGGUCAACGUCACAGACCUAUUAAUCCUUGAGAAUGCAGGUUAUCACCCCCACGCCUUGUCCACCGAGGCUUUCGACAACCUCUUCACAGCGGACAAGCCCAUUCAUUUCAACUAUCACGGUUAUCCAACUGAGCUCCAAGGUCUACUCUUUGGUCGACCUCGCCUAGAGCGUAUUUCAAUCGCAGGCUAUAUGGAGGAAGGUAGCACUACAACGCCAUUUGAUAUGAUGCUGGUCAACGGCACAUCACGUUUUCACAUUGCACAAGCAGCAGUGCGUGGAGCGGCGAAACGUAAUGAGAAAGUCAGGAUUCACCAGCAGGAGCUGGAUUCUGAACUGGGUCACAACAUUGUUGAGACAAGGAAGUAUAUCAUGAGUCACCACGAGGGCAAGUUCCCGCCCCAGAAGUCGAUGUGGUCAUUUCGCAGCACUGACCUGAUUCUCAGACCCCGAUGA